AGUCGCAGCUGUGGUGUCAGAAGUAGCUGCAAGUUUACUUCUAAAAGUUUCGGCACUCCUCGUCGAACAUACAGGAGAUAGUGAGAACAGUUGUACUACUAUGGCGCUCCACAACAAGAAUAAGAUGCGGUUCGAAUUCGUGUACCGAGGCGCGAGCUCUGUUCUGGACCUGGACACGACAGAGUUCGUGAUGGCGGCGACGUGUAACGCCGAGACGGACGCGGUAUCAAAUGUAAAAAUGUCUGGGUCUGGAAGAGUGCAAGAGUUGUGAUGCAGGUUUUCCGGGACACACGAGGUCUGGAAUGCGAGACCCAGCAUGACAGAUUCUUUGAGGUCUCUACCAUGCCUUUCCUGCAUGAGAAACUCCCCCGCAAUACUUGGUCAAAAGCGGACAGCUUUUGGCACUCACGCAACACAGAUUUUUGCAUCAUUCAGAUUUAGGAUGACAAGUUCUAAUCUUCCAGACCCAGACACUUUUGCAUUUGAUACGCGGCCACGGUCGACGACUUGGUGGCCUGUUUGGAUGAGGAGCUGGAAAAGGGGUUCCAGCUGAAAUCCACAUAUCAACCGCAAAUAUGUCUGGGUCUGGAAGGUUGGAACUUGUGACGCUAACUUUGGACUCUAAAAGAAUCUCUAUUGCAUGACCAGCAAGAGGAGUCUAGUUUGUGCUACGCGGGGAGGCAUUUGUCAUGCGGCGUAGGCACCAUCAGGAAGCCCUCUAAAAAUCUGUGAUGCUAGGUUGUGCAUUACAGACAUCCUGGGUCAUGCAAAAUAUGCUGAGAAACCCGGCAACAUUCCAGACCCAGACAUUUCUGCAUUUGAUACCACACGGCUGACCACCAACAAAGAUACGUCCGACGAGCGCAUCUGGUUGGGUUUUUUCCCGGUGGCGGAUCUGCUCGCUGCGGGUGGUCCGGUAUUUGUGGAUGUGGAGCAGGUUGCGCCCGGUAGUGGAGCUGCUGCGACCGGCUUUCCACGGUCGGCGGCGGCGCGUGCAACCCUGAAUGAGGGUCGUGCGCCGCAGAACUGUCUUGACACCACGCCGGCGUCUUCCAAGCAAGUCCAGGCAGGAAUGAACAACGAUCAAGAAGGAAACGCCGAAGAUCAUCCGCGUGGAAAGAACAACUACAACACCGAGGUGAAUGGCGACAAGAAACCGGCGCUGCCGACUUUUCUGCAGGAAAUGGGAAAGCAAAUGGCCGAAACGGUGCUGAAGCAGCAAAAUGUUAAGGAAACUGUGCUGCCGCACUUACAAGACCUGGCGACGGGGGACCCCAGCAAGCUGCAGAACAUGCUCGAGAAUCACCCCAUGCUGUCGCACCUGCGUGGCCAGCUGUCCGACCCGGACAAACUCCAAAAAAUGCAGCAGCGCAUGCAGGAACGGCUGCAAAGCCUGCAGGGCUCUGGGGCGUGAAGGGUUCGAUAGAAAGACUCUUUUUAUAUCCUGCGAGCGGGCUGAGCACGUGACGAUGUGGCGAAUAUGCAAACUCAUGUUACUGACGUCACAAACUGGUGCGUAAAGUGGUUUAUAUUUUCGAGUUUUUCACACAAAAAGAAAAAAUAGGGUACGGCUGAUGAAAAAGAAAAGCAACCAAAUGCAUCUGAAGGCAGAAGAG